AUGCGUUGGCAGCGGGAGCUUGUGCAUGCAGCACGUACCAAGCGGGUCCGACAGCGCAGACAGCGUCAACGCAGAACAGUCGACAGCAAGAGACAGCAACAGCGUCAAGGCAGCAGCAGUAACAGAGCAGAGACAACAGUAAUAGCAAUAGCAAUAGCAAUAGUAGAGAGUAGAGAAGAGGGUAAAGAGAGAGAGGGAGAGAGAAGUAAUAAGAAGAUAGACGAGAGACGAGAGAGAGAGAGAGAGAGAGAUGGUUGGUGGUUGUCGCGGGUGGGCGCAGCGACGAAUGACAGGCAGAAGAAGCAGGAGAAGAAGACGAAAGAGACGAGGAAGAGAAGAAGAGGAAAAGAAGAUGCUUGGAGGAGGCAAAAGGGAAAAAAGGCAGAAAAAAGGGCGAACGAGGGCGACGGGGACCUUGCGCUUUUUAAGGCGAAGAAGCCAAUGAGAAGGGGGAUGCUUAGAGAGGAAGAAGAAGAAGAAAGACUCGAGGAAGAAGAGAGAGAGUUAAGUAGAGGAAGAGGAAGACUCACCGCAAGAGUCGUUGGGCAGGAAGAGAAGAAGGAAGACUAG